CCACACCACACCACCCGCCACCCUAUCCGUUUCUCUCUCUCUCCAACCAGAACUUCCAAACGGUUACAUUUCACCUUUUUCCCCCCUUUUGCAAUUCCAAGAAAGCACACAGACAGAGUCAGAGACAACCAAAAGGAUGUACCCAUUUGGACCCACGAAUCCCUGUUUCUCUCUGCGUCUCUGUCUCUCUCACUUCCUUUCCUUUCCUUUCGGACCAUUUGUCCCAGAAAAACCACCCCUCCCCCGCAGAUCUCGCAGAGACCCAGCAGAGAAACGAGAGCACCCAGCCAAAAACAGCCAUUCAUCAAAAGGACUUUCUUGAUCCUGUGUCUCCCAGGGAGCUUAAGGAAACAUCCCAUUUCUCUUUCACAAGGAGGGACACACAUACAUGCCCACCAUGCAAUCCUUUUCUUAAGGUGGUGUGAGGGAAUCUGGGCCCCAUUUCCCGAUCUGGGUCGACCCGAAUUCUCCCAUGCCUAAAUGGGUUGCAUUAGCUCGAAGAAGGCGGUCCGGGCAGCUGCCAACUCUAAUGCUGCGGCGGGCUCCUCCCCUGUUUCCGAUCACACGUUCCUCAACACCAACAACAACAACAACAAUGGCGCGGCCGUGGCUGUGGUGAACUCACGCUCGCAGAGGAGGUACCAUUCUGGGGCGUUGGAGUUGGAUAGAGGUAAGAGUAGGAAAGAGGAGGGAUCAGAGGAUCGGAGCCGCGAUGUCAAAAAGUCGAAGAAGGAUACCUCUCGCCCGCAUUCCAAGGGUUCCUUCAGCUUCAAGCUCGGCUUCCCUCACAGGCACGUGCAGGCCGAGCAAGCCGCCGCCGGGUGGCCCACUUGGCUCAGCGCUGCCGCCGCCGAGGCCAUCAAUGGUUGGAUCCCUCUCAGGGCUGAUUCUUUUGAGAAAUUGGAGAAGAUUGGACAAGGUACAUAUAGCAGCGUGUUUCGAGCGCGCCAAGUUGAAAGUGGGAGGAUGGUUGCUCUGAAGAAGGUGCGAAUUGACAAUUUUCAGCCAGAGAGCAUAAGGUUUAUGGCACGAGAAAUAAUGAUUCUCCGCAGACUGGACCAUCCAAACAUCAUGAAAUUGGAGGGGCUUAUUACUUCUCGGUUAUCAAGUAGCAUAUACCUUGUGUUUGAAUACAUGGAACAUGAUCUUGCUGGACUGGUAUCCAGCCCUGAUGUCAAAUUUACUGAAUCACAGAUCAAGUGUUAUAUGACACAGCUAUUGUGUGGAAUUGAGCACUGCCACAUGCGAGGUAUAAUGCAUCGAGACGUUAAAACAUCCAACAUUUUGGUAAACAAUGAUGGGAUUCUGAAACUGGGGGAUUUUGGAUUGGCAAAUGUCGUUAGCCUAAAGAGCAAGCACCCGCUGACCAGUCGUGUGGUUACUUUAUGGUAUCGUCCUCCUGAGCUUUUGAUGGGGUCAACGAGUUAUGGAGUAUCGGUGGAUCUCUGGAGUGUGGGCUGUGUAUUUGCAGAACUUAUCAUACGGAAGCCUCUGCUUAAAGGGAGAACUGAGGUUGAACAAUUACACAAAAUUUUCAAGCUUAUUGGUUCUCCACCUGAUGAGUUCUGGAAAAAGUCUAAACUUCCUCAAGCAGCCAUGUUUAAACCGCUGCAUAAUUAUGAAAGUUGUCUUUCGGAGAAGUGUAAAGAUUUCCCAACAACUGCUGUGAAACUAAUAGAAAAUUUACUUUCCAUAGAACCUCAAAAGCGUGGGACUGCAUCCUCUGCCCUCAUGUCUGAGUAUUUCAACACAAAGCCCUUUGCAUGUGAGCCAUCAAGCUUGCCAAAGUAUUCCCCUAGCAAGGAAAUUGAUGCUAAGAUUCGUGACGAUGGCCGAAGGAAAAAGGCUGGUGCUAGAUUGCGAGAGCCUGCACCUUCAAGAAAGCCUAGAAGAGUCCGUAAAACUUUACAGGAAGCAAACAGUAGCAGUAAAUUAGCAUCAAAAGAGGAAACACAGGAUCAUACCCAACUUGCUCAUAGAAACAAUGUCAGUGAUGCACAUAUUCCCAAACGAAGAAGUAGUGUUUUUGUGCGUGGAGAGACACUAAAGCCAUCACUUGAUACAAUGUCAGAGACUUCCCGAGUGAUGAAUCCAUCUCAAGUGGACAGUGGAUAUUCAGGCCCAGCAGAAGUCGCAGCAUCAAGCGGGUUUACGUGGGCAAAAAGGCGAAAAGAGGAUGUUGUUUCCACAAUAUCAGAUGGAUCAAAAAGCAAGAUUAGUGCAUUAGAUCCAUCCUUUGCAAAAUCAUCUUACACAACCAAAAAAGAGAAUCAUCUUUUAUGCAGGGCUGUUGCCAACUCCGUCGAGAGCGCCAAGCACGCAAUGAAGAAGCAGCAACGCCGCCUUCAUCGGCCAGAUUCUUUCGGUUCAUCCGUGACAUACCAUUCUCCUGACAUGUCACCGGCAUCUAGUCAAAAAGAUGAAACAGAUGCAUUGAGCCCAAAAUCAAAUGCUGGUGGAAGCAGAGGACAGCACAUUGAAUUCUCGGGACCCUUGCUAUCCCAACCAAAUAAAUUUGAUGAACUCCUGCAUAAGAAUGAAGGUCAUAUUCGUCGAGCAAUUCGCAGAUCAAGGUUUGAAAGAGAUUGAUGAUGGAAGGUUUGUAGGAUUAAAAGAGGAGAAUGAUUGUCUGGACUUCAUAGCCAUUGCCGGACUCAACUCAUCGACACUACCAUUAACAACUUCAUCUUGCUGACAGGGUUUGGGGUGUUCUCGUUUCAUUUGUAUUAUAAAAGAAGAGCACAAUGUUCAUACGAACCUACACAACAAUAUGAUGAUUCAUCACUUAGAUAAUUCACUUAUUUUUCAACUGCAUAUACUCUUUCUCUCAUCAAACACUCUUAUUUCAACCAAUAAUUAAAACCAAAUAAAUCAAAUCGAUUGAAUCAAGGAAAAAAUUGUUAAAAAGAGAACGAAAUGUAGGGCAAUCCCUCGCUCUGACUGCAGAAAGCUAGAGCAGCAGAGCGGUCAUGGCAGCCCCCAGUUUGCUAAUGUGCGCCUAUCGCACUAUCGUGCGCCACGAUUUAACCUCUCCCGUGGAAUACCACGCCACC